UGCUUCUUCUCUCUCUUAUCCAGCUAGCCAGCCAGCCAGCCAAGCCAGGAGAGUAAACUUGUAGGAAGCUUAAAGAUACUUGCUUCAACCGAUACUCGACCAAACCCAUAAACAAUCUCGAGGACUUACAAUUCGCAAAACCCUGUUCUUUCUUUCGGAUCAUGUAACUUUGUUGGCUGUUCUAUCUGUUUAUCUAUUUAUCUAUCUAUCUAUCUAUCUAUCUAUCUGGGUUUGAUCGGAAUUUCUGUUUAGAGGAGGAGGAGGCAGCGGCCAUGACGCGGAGGUGUUCCCAUUGCAGUCACAAUGGGCACAAUUCUCGUACUUGUCCAAAUAGAGGGGUCAAGCUAUUUGGAGUCCGAUUGACGGACGGGUUGAUUCGGAAGAGUGCCAGCAUGGGGAAUUUGGCUCACUAUACGGGAUCCGGAUCCAAUAACGGCACCCCUUUGAACGGAAUCGCCGGAGGAAGUCACGAUUCACCUGGGGAUACGCCGGAACAUGGUGCCGGAGACGGAUAUGCGUCUGAGGAUUUCGUUGCUGGGUCAUCUUCGAGUAGGGAAAGGAAGAAAGGUGUUCCAUGGACAGAAGAGGAACAUAGAAUGUUCUUACUUGGUUUGCAGAAGCUGGGAAAAGGAGAUUGGCGUGGGAUAUCCCGCAAUUUCGUCAUCUCAAGAACACCCACUCAGGUUGCAAGCCAUGCUCAGAAGUAUUUCAUCAGGCAAUGCAAUGUUUCCAGACGGAAGAGACGCUCCAGCCUCUUUGACAUUGUAGCUGACGAAGGAGGAGACGGUGCUGCUCCGAUGGUGUCUCACGAUUUCUUUGCAGAAAACCCUCCUCCACAAGGCGAAACACAGGGCAUUUUCUCCUUACCAUCUCCUCCAGCUCUAGAGGAAGAGAUAGAGAUAGAAUCAAUGGAUUCCACCACCAACUUCAAUGAAGAAGAACCAGAACAAGUCCCCCAAAUUCCAGAUGCUCAGCCAUGCUAUUAUCCAGUUCUGUAUCCCGCAUUUGUCCCUUCAUUCUUUCCAUAUUCUGUUCCCAUAUGGCCUUCUCCUCCUGCUUAUAAUAACCAGGAGCAGCAGCAGCCUGCUAUUAUAGAGACUCACCAAGUGGUUAGGCCAACUGCUGUUCAUUCGAAAAGCCCAAUCAAUGUAGAUGAACUUGUUGGAAUGUCUAAACUGAGCAUAGCUGAAUCAGAUGGAAAUGGGGAUCCAUCUCUAUCCCUAAAACUGCUUGACGGUUCGACAAGGCAGUCUGCUUUUCAUGCCAAUCCAGCUUCUGGGAAUUCAACAGCCGGCUCUAGCAGCAACAAUCCUAUCCAUGCUGUUUAGGUGAUUACAUUGGCCUUAGUGGGUAAGUAAGGAAGGAAGGAAGGAGACCUUAACUUAAAAUAGUACAAACUGGUAGGAAGUAGUAGUGAAUUUUAAUGACUUUAUUAUUAUUAUUAUUAUUAUUAUCAUCAUAAACCUCCGCCCCGAGUUUGUAACUUGUCUCGCGUCCAAUAAGCUCGGGGAAGUGAAUGUAAUGGGUUGUUUGGAUUUU